UCUAAUCCAGAAAAAAAGACACUAAACGCAAGAAAUAUGGCAAACAACAGUUGCAUUGGCUGGAAGUUCAGCGGCAGCGAGGCAGCCAAGGAAGCCUCAGCUGCUUCCCUAAGCACUUACACCUCUAAACUCUUUGCAAUGUGCGAUCCUCAAGGGAAGCCCAUUUUGCCUCCUCGAGGUGAAACCGCUGAGACUUGCCAUACCGCUGAAAAGGCUGUUGUUAAAGCCGUCCUUUGCGGUACUGGAAACGCUUAUGCUCCCGGUAUAGGCCUUCCCGCGGCAAAAUGUGCCGUAGCAGAGUACCUAAACCGUGAUGAUAUUCCGAAGAAACUGGCACCAGAAGAUGUGUUUAUGACCGUUGGGUGCAAACAAGCCAUCGAGCUUGCGGUUGACAUCUUGGCUAAACCAAAAGCCAACGUCCUGCUUCCGAGCCCGGGCUUCCCAUGGGACUUAGUUCGCUCCAUCUACAAGAAACUUGAGGUCCGCAGAUACGAAUUCCUCCCAGAAAAGAAUUAUGAGAUCAACUUUGAAAGCGUCCGAAAGCAAGUGGAUGAGAACACGUUCGCGAUAUUUAUAAUCAACCCUCACAAUCCCAAUGGGAACAUCUACUCUGAAGCUCAUCUCAAGCAGAUCGCUUUGUUGGCUCGGGAACUCGGGAUAAUGGUGGUUUCUGACGAAGUUUUUCGAUGGACCGUUUUUGGGAGUAAUCCCUUUGUUCCCAUGGCGAAAUUCUCGACAAUCGUACCCGUGAUGACACUUGGGUCUAUAUCGAAGGGAUGGACUGUCCCCGGAUGGCGAACUGGCUGGGUCGCCCUGCACGAUCUAGAUGGUGUCUUUAAAUGCACCAAGGUCUUAGAUGCUGCUAAACAAUUUCUUGAGAUAAAUUCUAAACCACCAACUGUUAUCCAGGCGGCUAUUCCUACCAUCUUGAAGGAUACUCCUGUAGAGUUCUUCCACAGGAGGCAGAACUUUCUGAAAGAUAAAGCGGAUUUGGCUUAUUCUAAGCUCAAGGACAUACCUUCCCUCAAAUGCUAUUUAAAACCUGAAGCAUGCACCUUCCUAUGGACCCAGCUGAAAAUAUCAAGCUUUGUGGACAUUAAAGAUGAUGAAGACUUCUGUGAAAAGCUUGCUACCGAAGAAAACCUCGUCCUUUUACCAGGGAUUGCUUUUGGUCUGAGGGGCUGGGCGAGGCAUUCUGUUGACAUGGAUACUCAAACUUUGGAGGAUGCCUUUGAAAGAUUGAAGAGCUUCUGUGACCGCCAUUCCGCUAUAUGUGAAGCUUAAUUCAGUAACAAGGCGUCAAUGGCCUCGACUAAAGGGUCAAUGUGUAUCUUUGCUUAAAUCUUAUAUAUAUGCUAUGAUAAUAAAUGGGUGUUCUAUUGAUUUGAGAUAAAUCAUGAACACUUUCGUAUUCGUAUUUGUA